AUGUACGGAGCCGAACCUUGGGAAAUGGGUCCGGGUCCCAAAGCCGGCCGUUCCGGAGCCGAUUACAUCACCGACCAACCCCGCUCCUCUUCCCUCGUCAGCGGAGGGAGCAUCUUGAAGCCAAAGGUGGCCAUGCUGGCUCUGGUCGUCUUGUCCUUCUUCCCUUGCUUGGUUGCUGCCGCUGCCAAGUGCACGCCGUACUUGACAGCCAGUGCGGUUGUCUCGGAGCCGGAUGGCAUCGCGCGCAUCGAGUGCUGGCAGUUCGGCGCUCCGCUACAUACAUACCCGACGGUAGGUGCGGCACUAACCGUGGCCAAUACGACCAAUGUCACAUAUGUCGUCCUGCCUCCUCGAUCCAGCGAGGGCAUUCACAAGCCGCCGCAUCCUAUGCUCUUUGUUCUCGUCUCCGGCCUUGCCCACAUUACUCUUCCGUAUGGCGAUGACGAGGUUUGGGUCAUGGAGGGCGUCAACGGCUUUCUCGUUGCCAACGACGUCACCGGUGAGGGCCACUUCACAGACUAUCCGUCGGACAAGGAAACGGUCGCAUUGCAACUGCCGUUCGACCAGGGAAGGAUUCCUGUGCACAAGGUGCUGCAUCAUGGUGCCUGCAACUCUUCAUCUGGUCAGGACCAGGCUCUAACCUCUGCCACCCUGGUUGUACAAGCGUUGUUCUUACAUCAGAAGACCCCUGAACUGGAUGCUCUUGAUAAGCUGCCUAACAGCGCAAACGUUGCAUCUCGGAUCGAUGAAACCUCUGCGCCUCCACCAGAGCCCAGCCACGUGGAGACGUUGUUUGCUGACAUCGGCGAUGGCACAUCCCCAAAAGGAUUUCCUGCCCCAAAGUCUCUCCAACAAUUGGCCGAAUGCCAGCAGGUCGGGUUUUUCCUGGUCCUUUUGGCAGGUGAUAGCAAGCACUAA